AUGAACCAGGAGGAUUACCCGAGCGACAGUGAUGCCAGCGAUGAAGACUUCUGCCCGGACAAAGAUGAUGUAGAAACCGGAAGCGAGUUAGAUUCGAACGACGAGGAACAGGAAGAGUGCGGUGAGCAAUUGGAAGGCAAAUCGUCCAACGGAGGUGGUGCAAAGCGCAAGCGAAAAUCAGUUCCAACCAGCAGGAAAAAGACAAAGGCAAAUGAGAAGGAGGUGAAAUCUCACGAGAAAGCUCACCGAUCGAAUGAGGAAAAGGAUGAAGAGUUAGAUGAGGAGGAAGAAAAGCGAAGGACCGAUGCGUUGUGGGCGGAUUUUCUAGGCGGUGGUGGCAGUAGUGCGACCAGCUCUAGCACCAGCAGCACCCAGCAAGCCAACGGUGCCACUUCCACCCGCACCAGCAAACCGAGCGUGGAGGUGAAAAAGCCCGUUACGGAGGUUAAAUCCUCGUCCAGGCCAAAGGUGCCCGAGAAGGAAAAACCAACCGUAGCACAGCUGUUUGAAUUCGCCGGUGAACAGAUCGUGCUGACCGAAGAAGGAGGCAGUAAGAUUUUGGCUAGUGCCGAGAGUGAAAAGUCCUCUACUGUGUCCACACGACCGGCGGCACCGAAAUCGACCAUUCCUCAGCGCAGUUCCUCUGGCGGGUUGGGGGCACUCGAUUGGACGAGCUUCAAGCGGCAGGAGGGCAUCGAGGAGGAGCUGCAAACGCACAACAAGGGCAAGGAAGGGUUUCUGGAGCGACGCGAUUUCCUGGAGCGUACCGAUUUACGUCAGUUCGAGAUAGAGAAAACGUUCCGGCAAACGAAGCGAAGUAAUCGAUAA